AUGAAACCCGCAAACGACCUCGAGGCGCGCUUCUUCGCCGCCACUCCCCGCUCCCUGGAGCGCUUCUCGGCCCACGCCGACGCCACCCCGGGCGGCGUCGCCAAGGGCGCCUACUUCUACCGCCCCUACCCGCUGACCAUGGAGCGUGGCGACGGUGCGUAUCUGUUCGACGUGGACGGCAACCGGUACGCCGACUUCGCCAACCACCACACCGGCCAGAUCCUGGGCCACAACCACCCCGCGGUGAUGGCGGCGGUGCAGGCGCAGUUGCAGCGCGGCGUCGCCGUGGGCGCGCCGAUGGGGCACGAGACCGAGGUGUGCGCGGAGCUGUGCAGCCGCGUGGCAAGCCUGGAACGGGCGCGCUUCACCAACUCCGGGACCGAGGCGAGCCUGCACGCGGUCCGCCUGGCGCGCGCCUUCACCGGCAGGAACCUGAUCGCCAAGUUCGAGGGCUGCUAUCACGGCAGCCACGACGCGGUGGAAGUCAGCGUCGCGCCGCCGCUGGAGGCGGCCGGCCCGGCCGAGCGACCGCUGCCCUACGCGCAGGCGAUCGGCAUGUCGGCCGGGGCGGUGGCCGACACGAUGGUGCUGCCGCUCGGCGACCUGGAGGCGACCGAUCGGCUGAUCGGCGAGCACGCCGCCGAGCUGGCGUGCGUCCUGCUGGACCCCAAGACCGGGAUCACCACCCGGCACGGCGUGCUCAUGGUCUUCGACGAGAUCGUCGGCUUCCGGCUGGCCCGCGGCGGCGCUCAGGAGUACUACGGCAUCACGCCCGACCUGACCACGUUCGGGAAGAUCGUCGGCGGCGGCUUCCCGGUGGGAGCGUUCGGCGGACGCGCCGACAUCAUGGACCGCUACCACCCGACCGCCGGCCCGGGCGUCGGCCAGAGCGGCACCUUCGCCAGCCAUCCGGUGACUAUGGCCGCCGGUCUGGCGAUGCUGCGCGAGCUCACGCCGGCGGCAUUCGAGCACCUGGCCAGCCUGGGCGACCGCCUGACGCGCGGGCUGCGGAAGGCGCUGACCGCCUGCCCGCCGCCGCGCGACUACCGCUCAUCGCUCGACGCCGACAAGCGCUGGGUAUCGCCGCUGUUCCUGGCCCUGCUCGACCGCGGUUUCUUCCUGGGCCACACCCUGGGGAUGUGCUCGAUCUCCGUCCCGACCACGCCGCAAAUGAUCGACGAGCUGGUCGAGGCGGUGGCCGAUGCCCUGCGCGACCCUGCGGUGAAGACAGCAGCCACGGACGGUUAG